AUGAAUGCCGACAUGGAAAAUCCUUUGCCGACCGAUGCCAAUAAUGCUGAUGAUACAACAAACCAAGGCACACCAAGCGAGCAAGGCUUAUUAGAAAAUCCACUAGCCGAAACAUCAUCGCCAUCAACGGUAGAAACAAAAACAGAUGAUAGGGCUGUUUCACCUACUAAAAAUGGUACCGGAGCUGGUGCCGGAACAACGCCACCGAAGUCGGCCAAUUCCGUUACUGCUGAGUUAUGGGUAGAAACUAAAACUGCGGAUGGGAAAUCGUAUUAUUAUCACGCAAUAACGCGUGAAACAACAUGGACCCGGCCAGAAGGUAGCAAUGUUAACGUAAUGACACAAGCAGAAAUUGAAGCCUUCAACAAGCAGCAGCUACAACAACCAAAGUCGACAGAUUCAAAGGUUGUGGAAAUUAUUCCAACCGCUGCAACAGUUGCUCCAGUAAAUACAACGGGUAGCGCACCAGUUUCUUUACACAGUGCCAUGACACGUUUUACCGGCCCGCCACCAGCAUUCGGAAUGGCUCCGUUUGGUAUGCCUCCGCCGAAUUUUUCCAAUUUUCCACCAUGGAAUUCCCCCGCAGUUAAUAAUGGCCAAACUUGGACGAUCGGACAGAACCAUCCUCUAGAUGCCGUGAAGCAGGCUAUGACUGAAAUAAAACCAACAGAAGUUGAUCCAGCAGUUGCUGCUAAGGCAGCAGUCUGGAGCGAACAUGCAUCACCCGAUGGUCGCAUGUUCUAUUAUAAUUCUGCCAAGGGAGAAAGUGUGUGGGAAAAACCGCUUGCUUUGCGUGAUUUGGAAAAAGCCAAGAUGGCAAUAUGGACUGCCAGACAAAAACCGAAAAUUCCUCCAACUAUUCCACCAUUUUUGGCGCCUCCAAUACCACCCCAAAUGCCAAUGAUGCCUUCGAUGCAGGGACCUCCAACGACAGCGGGGCUUAAGAUCCAGCAGUUUCCUACCCCACUCGCAGGAACAGGCUGUCCCCCUAUGGGUGUAUCGGUGCCGGGAUCCGGUUUGCGGCUUCAACAGUUGCCAAUUUCAACAGGGGCUGUCGUUUUCGAUCCUCUUUCAUUUAUGACUAAAAAUGAUAAGACUAUAGCCAGCGAAGAAGAACGGAAGCGGAAGUUAGAUCAGGAGAAAAAACGAAAAGAAGAAGACGAGAAAGCCAAGGCCAGCAAGCCCCAAGACAAAUCUCGUCCGAUCUCCAGCACACCCAUUAGUGGAACUCCCUGGUGUGUUGUAUGGACUGGUGAUGGACGUGUGUUCUUUUACAAUCCUUCGACACGCACCUCAGUAUGGGAGCGACCAGAAGAUCUUAAAGAACGCGCUGAUGUGGAUAAAGCUGUACUGGUACCUCCUCAACAGCUGCUCGGGGUGGCGGGUGGAGUUAAGGAAAUUGCUGAUGUUAGUAGUAAAGGAAUUGCCUCGUCAGGUCCAAGUGCUGCAACUUCGUCAGCCGGUGUGGCAACAGAAGCCGAGGGUUCGGUAGAGAACCCUGUGAAUAAUAGCAACAAUGCCAGCGAGCCUCGAACUGGUCCAACUGACACGGAGUCUAGCGGAGACGAUAGUGGAGAGCAAUCGAGUAAACGAUUGAAGGCUGAUGUAGACACUCAGGUUAAAUCUGCUCACCACGCCACUUCACGUUCCGGGAAUGAUCCGGACGAAAAGGAAGCCAUUGCUAUGGAGGCAGAGGCUAGGGCUGCUCGCGAACGAACACUCAUACCGCUAGAUGUGCGUAUGAAGUCAUUUCGGGAAAUGCUUCGUGAAAAGGAUGUGUCCGCGUUUAGUACGUGGGAAAAGGAGCUGCAUAAAAUUGUGUUCGAUGCUCGAUAUCUGCUUUUAACGUCCAAAGAACGCAAGCAAGUGUUUGAAAAAUAUGUUAAGGAUCGUGCGGAUGAGGAGCGGCGGGAAAAACGGAACAAAAUGCGUCAAAAGCGUGACGAUUUUAGAACUCUCAUGGAAACGGCUCAUUUGCAUGGAAAAUCAUCCUUUAGCGAAUUUGCCCAAAAGUACGGCAAAGAUGAGCGUUUCAAGGUAAUUGAAAAGAUUCGUGAACGAGAAAGCUUAUUCAAUGAAUAUAUAGUUGAAGUUAGAAAAAGAGAAAAAGAAGAAAAACAAAGCCGUAAGGAUCAGAUGAAAAAAGAUUUUCUUGCAAUGCUUCGUGAACGAAGCGACGUUAAUCGUCACACUCGUCUCAGUGAUGUGCGUAAGAAGUUAGAAGGCGACAGCCGGUAUAAGGCGAUCGUAGAACAUUCGCUGCGUGAAGAACUGUUUGACGACUACAUACGGGCAAUUAAGGAAGAAAAACGAAAAGUGAAGGAAAAAGAAAGGGAAAAGGAUCACAAGGAGCGCAGCAAUCGCAGUGAUCACCGCAGUUCGCGGAGGUCAAGAGAGCGUUCGCGUGAUAAACGAAGUCGAUCAAAUGAGCGCGACACAGCGUUACAUAAAGGUAGCAGUAACGAGAAUAAUGCUGCUAACAACAAUGUGGACGAUGACGAAGGCGAAGAUUGCAAUACGUCCGAUGAGGAUGAAAUCGAGCGUCAACAGAAAGAGCGUGAUCGCAAAUUGCGUGCUGAGGCCAGUAUUAAAGAACGGGAGAAAGAGGUUCAGCGAACGCUAGCUACUCAUUUGCGUGACCGUGACAAGGAGCGGCAACACCAUCAGAGGGACGAGGCCAUGCGUCAUUUCAAUGCGCUAUUAGCAGAUUUAGUGCGAAACGCGGACUUUACUUGGAAAGAAGUUAAAAAGUUAUUGAAAAAAGAUCACCGAUGGGAACUGAUUUCCAUGCUUGAUCGAGACGAUCGAGAAAGGCUGUUUAAUGAACACAUUGCCAAUCUGGUACGUAAAAAGCGAGAUAAAUUUCGCGAGAUGCUUGAUGAAAUUGCAUCCCUAGAGCUAACAUCGCAAUGGAAGGAAAUAAAAAAAAUGAUCCGAGAUGAUCCACGAUAUUUAAAGUACAACAGUAGUGAAAGGGGUGAACGAGAAUUUCGAGAUUAUAUUAAAGACAAAACGGCAAGCGCGAAACUAGCGUUUCGAGAGCUAUUGCAAGAGUGUAAGUUCAUUACACAUAAAAGCCUCGAGCUCUAUCGUGAGAAUGCAAAUCAUCUACGUGAGGUGGAGGAUAUCUUGCGUAAUGAUCGUCGUUAUCUGGUGCUGCAUCACAUUGCGACAGACCGUACGCAAAUGAUCUUAGCCCAUCUAGAGGAGCUGCAUAAAAGGGGCCCACCACCGCCACCAACCGCGAGCGAAUCCUUGCGCCGCAAGUAAUAAGAACUGUCACAUUACUUGAAACAGAGUUGGUUUGCGGACGUACAUUUCGAAUGUUUUGCAGUAGAUUCGAGAUAUUGAAAAUAGCAACAAAA